AUGGUGCCCUCCAUUUUAGAGCAUCCGGUUCCGGAAGAAGGGGGUGAAGCCGAAGUCAUUUGGAUGCCCACGACAUCUGGAAAUUUCUCUCUAGCAUCUGCAUUUUCGGAAAUUAGGCAAACCCGCAAUAAGUCUAUGGUUUUUGACAGAAUUUGGCAUCCUCAACUCCCUUUGAAAGUUUCAUUCUUCAUGUUACGAUUGUUGUUGGGGAGGCUGCCUCUACCGGACAGGUUAUGUAAACUUGGCUUUCACUUACCGUCAAAAUGUUUUUGCUGCUAUUCGGCAUCUGAGGAGUCAAUUGAGCAUUUAUUUUCCAAUGGCCAUAUAGCAUCCACAGUUUGGAAUUAUUUUGGAGCUGCAUGUGGACUGGCCUUUCCAGGGUCAUCUUUACGGCCCCGCAUAGUGGGUUGGUGGUUGAGUUCACAGCAUUCUGAGAUACGACGAUAUAUUGGAAGCAUUCUUCCCAGUGUAGUUUGUUGGAAUAUUUGGAAAUCAAGAAAUAAAGCAAUGUUUGAGAAUGUCCACAUGAGUUCGCCUGCCAUUUGUUUUGCCAUUUUCUCGGAUAUCCAAAACAUGGUUGAAAUUCAUUUCAAACAAGUUUUCCGAGUACAGUCAUUUUAUGAUUUGUAUGAUUGGCCGUAUUCAGCUAAUAUUGAGUUUAUAUACAAACUUGUUCGUUGGGAAACGAAGGAAUCCGGUCGGUUCAUACUAAAUACGGACGGUUGUUCUAAGGGUAAUCCAGGAUUGGGUGGAGGUGGUGGAGUUCUUCGAGAUUCAAAUGGCAUACCUUUGAUUGGUUUUUCGGCAUAUUUUGGGGAAACUACAUGUCUAUGUGCAGAGGUUCGAGCCCUCCUUAUUGGUCUUCAAACAUGUGUGCAUAGAGGGUUUGGGAAUCUCUGUGUCCAGUCGGAUUCUUUGGUAUUAAUUGGAAUUCUUCAGCAUCGCAUUCAAUGUCCCUGGAAGAUUCGACGUGACAUUAGGCAGAUUUGGCAGUUUGUUAAAGACCCACAUCGUUUUUCGCAUUGUUACAGGGAAGCUAACAAAGUAGCUGAUGCAUUGUCCAAUGUGGGAGUAUCUCAUCCAGAGCAUCAAGUCAAGCUAUACGAGUCCUUUAAUACAUUCCCAACUAUGGCUCGUGGGGCAAUUCGCCUUGAUAGAUUAGGGAUGCCAUCAAUUCGGAAAAUUAAGCGUAUGAAGGGCUGA